UUAUGGUGACAACACACAUAAGCCGAAUCGUCGUCUGCGUAAAAUUGGCAGCAUGGUGGGACUACUCGCGCACACUACAGGCCGAUGCUGAGGUGUUAGGCCGGAGAUAGACUUGCUUUUUAACCAACGCAUUCACAUCGAGUCAUCAUUUCUGAGGACGUACACAACCAACGCUCCAAAGGAAGCAGGAAACAUGAGGCGGUGUCGUGCUUUUUCUUUAAAAUCAUUCGAUCCAUAGAUCCACAAAUCCAGAGUUAUUUCCCAAGGCAUAAUGAACUGCCCUUUAGGUGAGCAAACUGACAUUGAGCAUUUGUGAGACGGGGUUAAAGGAAAACACUAUUGCGCUUCCUCUCUGGCCUUAUUGAUGCAGCAGAUCUCCGGUAGAUCAGCGUCAUUUUAUACACGGAAGUCUGACUUUGUUGACUUCAUGUGCCACUGGGAAACUUUCACGCAAGCCUCCAACGCUUUAUCAAGUUCGCUAUAUACAUCCUGUGUUGAGUUGAAUGGUAAUGUCCGUUAUACUCUCAACUUCAACUCUUUUUCAAUUUUUUUAUUUAUUAUUUCUCAAUAGUUGUAGUUAAUGCAGCGAUAUGUGACCACUAUUUCUUCUGUUUUUUGUUUGUGAAGGUUUUAACAACAAUCUUGCAUAGCUUAUAUACAUCAGAACCUUUUACUUGCAUGACCAAUAACAUAACAAUUACCCUUAUAAAAGGGUCUCCCUGUCAACUCCCAGUGGUUGAUUGUGGACUACCUGAAAGCAUUUUCUCACACACCAACCAUGCAUGUUUGUGUAGAAAAGGUCCCAGUGACCACUCCUCCAAUAGCCACAGCAUCACCACGGAGGUCAAACCAAACAGCCCCCCUGACCUUUCACCCUCUUCUGGACCUGUGGCCCUUGUCACUAAGGCAACCAGCAGGGAAAGUAACCAGCCAGCAGAUGGCACUGAUGCAGUGAAAACUGAGAUGGACCAAAGAGCUGAAGAAAGUGAACAAAGACGAUUGAGAGUGAUGAACAGGAGCUACUUUGAGUCAUACAAGCCUCUCUCCUGGAGGACAGAACAUGGUGUAACCCGUCUUGGAGAGAGAAGAACCCAGAUUGUUGAAGGACAGGACCAGCGAUGCACUAUCCCUCCGAAAGCUCUCCUUCUUAAGAACUCUUCUUACUCCAUUGGUGGAGAAGUGAACCCCAGCAGACAUGUGCUCCAUGCUCCUGUCCCCUGCCGUCCUCAGGCAAUCAAGAGCAGCCCUGUCAGUUUCCCCUGGCCAAUAUCUGAAUCCUCAGAUUGGGGUACCGCAGCUGCUCCGGGGACCAGCCUGGUGCAACCCAAGCCAAACCUGCCACGCUUUCCCAACCUGAUCCCAACUAGCCAACAUGCUGGCCCUUUAAGGCAGGUUUUUGGCUCUCACUGGCACAAGCAGAGCGCCCCUCAGCCCCAUGCCAAAGAACCAACUGUGGUGUUCAGGUUGAGAAGUCUGCCAGAGCAUGUCGAGAGUCAACCUAAGCCCCAAGAGAUAAAGGAAAGUCCGCCAUCCAAAACUGAGAGGGUCUCUGCAGAAGGGCUAAGAGAGGCGUACGACGGGCCUCUGGACCUAUCGGAUCAAGGAAAGUCCAAAUCCAGCCAAAUGGCAAGAGAUGAUUUGCCCUUAUCCUUACAUGGUGGAGAGAGAGUACAGACGAGCCCUGACAAGGAUGGGAAGGCCAAUCCAUCUUCACCUGGAAUGGUAUCAUUACCUUCUCCUGUCUUUCCUCCCUCGUGCUCCUGGACUUCGAGCCCACCAGUAAAACAAGAAGAGGAAGAGUCUACCAGUGACUAUAACCACAAGGUAAUCAAAGAGCAGGAGCAGAAAGAGGAGGUGAAUGGAAAGACAGACCAAUGCAACGGGAAGAAGGUGCCCAUCCUCACAAUAUCAUUACGUCCAGUAGUGGUGCUGGAGAACCUGAAUUCUGUUCUGCAAGAAUCCUUAUCCUCACAAGGCAAGUCAUCGUCACCAGCAGCUGAGCCAGGAAGCAGCUCAGAUGAGCACAGCGAGGAGGGGAGUGUGUCAGGACAAGAGAGCAACCAGGGCGGCAAGAGGAAGAGGACAUCUGUGGAGACAGAAACCGACAGAGACUCGGAAAUAGACCGUGAGCAUUGGUUCACAUUUCAAGUCCUCGUGUGUCUUUCUCAGGGGUGUCCCAAACUCAGAAAUGAUUUCGCAGAAUCUGAUUGGUCAAGCUUUCCCUAUCGUUUACUGAUCGUAGAAUCAUUUAGAUAGAGCGGAGAUCGAUAGAGCGGACAUCGAUAGCGAGACGCUUGCUUUUCGUGGUUGGAAGUAGAACUUUCCGUCCUAAUACAAGAAGACAGAAGGAAUGAGAGGGAGUGAGAUGCAAGCCAGAAACAGCUUUUUCUACUCUUCUCCGAGAUUCUAUUCCAGCAAAUUUGAAUGGUGCAUUUUGCCUACUCUGCUGCUAUUCAAGCUGUCAAAGCUACAUGGAGCCCACACUGUCACUAACUGCACUAAGUAAAUAAAGUUCAGAGAGAAGCAGACAGAAGCGUCUACAAUAUUUGUUUGAAGGAUGUAUCCAGGAUUUCAAACUGGUUCAGCAGUGAAAACAGAUUAUAGAGAUAGAAGCUAAAGCUACAGAUCACAGUGUAAAAGAAGCAUUUUAGAAACGUAUCUCUCCUUCCAACCUCUCCGGCAAUGAGUGUCCCUAUAACACAACGUUUAAAGAUGACUAGCUCCAAAUCCACUAAACCAUCCUGAAAAUGAGGAAAAUCUGAAACAACUGCAGUCGAAUCAGGCUCCUUUGAUCGAAUUGUCGAAUAGUUGACUAUUCAGGUCGUCCCUACUCUUUCUUCCCUUCUUCCUUUCUUUCUGUUCUUCCUGAGUCUGGUCUUCAGUAUGAUCACAUGUCUAAAGCUUUAACGGCCAAGAUGUUUUUCCCCACGUGGUUCAUGUACAUUUUGCUUCCGUUUUUUUGUACACACGUAUGAUAUCUGAGAGAUAGUUCAACAUUGCUUGUAUAUGAUACAAAUAUCAUCCACUUAAUGAUAUUGGAGGUGCCUGACAACCACGUAUGGACGUCUCACACAUUCAUUGCAAUUAAACACAAUUCUAAUGGAUACGGUGUUACAUUGUGAAUGCACAGUAUUGUAAUCCACUCAACGAACCCUCACCAACUGUUUUUGUUUUUAACAAUUCCCUUUUCUUCCUCACAGAUGUCCAGCGGGAGAGGAAGAUCAAGAUCACAGUGAGAACUGAGGAGAACAGCACUUGCUAAAGAGCAUGAUAUAACAUUGAUUCACAGUGAUCUCACUUAAACCUGCAUCAACUGAUUUUGCCACCUGGGGGAACCGCAAUGAGCUGUACACACAUCACUUACGUGUAUCUUAUAAAGUUGAUACGGCUAACAAAAACAGCAAACAUUGGAGUAGACAUGGAGCAACCUUCAUUUAUAUGCAUUAAUUUGGAGUUGUGUUUCUCCACAUAAACACAUAAGCAAACAGUUGUCUCUUUACACAUCCAGCCAGCCUCCAAUAGAUCACUUCCAUAUACAACAGAACUGCAUUGUGAAAUACGUUUCGAGGGAAAUGUAUUUUGUUGAGGAUUACGUUUGUUUUUGACAUAUCACAAAUACGUUUCUGAUGUGUAGAGGAAGUCAGGGUGCUGGAUGGGUCGAACAAACAAAGGACUUUAACAAAGGAGUCUGCUGUUCGUGUCCCGUGUGAAACCAAAAGUCAGCCUUCACAGCCAUCGCCAGAGGCCUUAUGUUUUCGGAUUGUCAGUACAUCUGGUCCAUUCUGGCUCUGCUCCAUUAUCUCAGCAACACCUUCACAGAAUCUUUUCAAAUUUAGCACAAACGUCCACUUGGACUCCACCAUGAACUGAUUCGAUUUUGGUGGUCAAAGGUCAAGGUCACUUUUUAGCCAUCAAUCAAGAAUUAAUUUGCUAAUUGUUGACAAUUUCAAACAAAUGUCAAAUAGGAUAAAAUGAUGAGGUGAUGGAAUUUUGGACAGACAUGGAUGUAAACUGC